ACGCACGUUAUAUUAUGACUUACGCCACUUUUGGAUUUCAAACUCAUUAAAUAGAGCUCUUGGAAUCCGCACAACACUCGUCCAGCACAAGAGUCGCAGUUCAUCAUCUCCGUCAGUGUUCCUCUCUCUGUCUCUCUCAAGAUUCUAUGUUGAAUGAUCUCCUCUACAGUUAUACUUAACUAUGUAAGAAACAAACAUGGACUGGACUGGAAUAGUGCCUCCUUUUGGGAUGGACCCGAGACCUUAUUCUCCUGAAACUUUUGCUGGAUUCAAGUGUCACAGUGUUGUUGAUGAGAAUGUUUGCCAUUCAAUGAAGGACAUGAAGAGCUUCUUUAUGGAACCUAAGCAUGACAAUUUCGCCGUGGAUAGUUUCUUAGGCCUUGGUAUGGAGAAUAUGGGCUUAAUAAGCUCCAAGAUGGAAGAGUUUUCACUUGGACUUGACUUUAGCUUUCUCCCAGAUGAGUAUGGUGGUCUAGAUCCUUGGAGCAAGCAAGAUAGAGAAGCAGGUUUAAAGCCAGAAAUUCUUGAUGGGUUUCUGGAUGAAGUUGAGGACGUGGAACAUAUCUACGCAUCUCACCAUCCUCCUUCAACUGCCAACCAUUUCCUUCCAGAAACACAAGUCAAGAAGGAAGUAUCUGAAUUAGAUGGUGAACCUUAUGGUCUUAUGACCUUCAGCACAGAAUCUCAUUCUCCUAGUGGAAGCAUCGGACUCUCCGAGUGGUCAAAAGAAACAGCUGUUCCACAUGCUGAAUCCAGUGGAAAUGUUAAAGAUGGUUUUGCUACAACAAACUCAAACGAGAUGCACUGGUCUUCUUAUGAGUCAGAAGAUGACAGGAAACCACUAUCCACUUUACUACUAGGCUCUUGGGUUGGACGAGGCAGGAGUCGAAACAAGAACUUGCUCAACACCCGUUGUACUAGUUUAGAGUCUUUCGGUGAAACAAAGUCUUGUUUGUCUUAUGACUUCAGGCCUCGGAAAGAACCUCUGGAGAGUACAUUGUCAUCUGAUGAUCCAAUAACUUCAUCUGAGAGCGAAGAUGACAAAUCUGUAACAACAAUCAAAUCCAAAAGCAGAAGUGACAGGAGAAAGCAUCAGAGGAUGUGGACUAUUGAUGAAGUGGUGAAGUUGCUUGAUGGUAUCUCUCACUUUGGUCUUGGCAAAUGGACUGAUAUAAAGAACCUCUUCUUUCACUCCGCAUCGCACCGCACGCCUGUUGAUAUCAGAGAUAAAUGGCGUAAUUUACUGAAUUACAGUAACAAGCAUAAUGGUGAUGAAGAGGGUGCAGAAAAACAACGGUGGUCAGCGGGUCGCACUAUCCCUAAGGAUAUACUACAUCGUGUAAGAGAACUUGCUUCACUCCACUCCAAGUCAUUGUGUGACUUUCAUGGCUCCUCAAGAAACUCAAGUAUGUCAAGGAAGAAGAAGAAUAAGAAUAAGAAGAGGAGUUGAUAAGUGUUGAUGGAGAAACUCUAGUAGAUUAAAAUCGAUACUGAGUCAUUUGAACUGUCCUCGAAAGUUUAGGUAGUCUGUAGGAUAUCAGUUUUAUUUGCAUCUUCUAUGUGGAUAUAUGAAAACGAGAAUGAGUACUCCAAUUUAGUAAAGCUUUCUUUCUGUA